CAGAGCCUUGUUAAAAUUAAUUUGAAACCUUUUUCUGUUCAUUAUCAUUAUUUUCUUCUUCCUUCUUCUUAUUCUUCUUUACACAAGUCUUUAAAAAUGUUAGUAGAUGAAGCUUCAACAAUCUCCUCAGAUCGUCUUCAAUGGGAGAAACUAUUCAAUCACCUAGUCCAUAUUUUAAAAACCCAACAAACCCAGCUUGAAUCUCUUGUUACUGAUAGGAAAUUACUCCAAGAUCGAAUCAAAAUUCAGUAUGACCGUUUUGUUUCUGAAGUUCGUAUACUUGAAGAUCAAAUCUCUCAGAUGAAGAAGGGUCUUACGAUGGAAGAGAUGGCCAACUCGGUAGAACUUAAAAAGUUACAUUUGAUUCUCGGGUUCAAACAGAGGGAAUCUUUUCUUUAUAAACGCAAAAGUGAUGAUGCACAUGAUGAUUUGCACGACUUCAAAUCAUGGUUUGACUACCUGAGCCGUAAAUGUGCCGAGCAGGAAGAAAAACUUGGAGGCAUCGUUGUGGAUGCCGAGAAACAUAAAGAUGGAGAAAGCAUCUUAAUAUCUGCCAAAAAUACUAGGGAAGACGAACGACGUUGUAGGGCAUUGGAAAUUGAGGUGAAAAAACUGAAGCGCGAGAAUGAGAAUCUUACAUCAAAGCACAAAACUGAUGUUUCAGCGCUGCUGUCAGAGAGAAAUUUUGUGUGGAACCAGCUCAAGAAGAUGGAAAAUGACUACUCUGAUCUCUUAAAAUGUAAGCGCGCUGAAGUUUCUCAAGCAAAUGAGAAGAUAAGGGAACUGCUAACUAGCGUGGAGAAGAUGCAGUCAUCGAAUGAUAAAAAGGAUGAGACCAUUGUGAUUUUAAAAGCUAAGGUAGCUAAGCUUGAGGAAGAUAUGGUCAGAAGCAAUAUUGAAAUGUCAACACAGUCGAGAGAAUUAGAACGGUUGAGAAAACCAAGAAAUGGUUUAAGUACCCCGUUCUUAAAACAUUGCACAACGAAAACCAGUACCACGACCACAAAAACCGCAGAAAGCCAGAUGGAUCCUACGAGUAGUCAUACAUUGGGAAGGCAUGUGAAUAUCGAAUCAGCCAGAUCAGAAACCUCGAAUGAUAAGAACUCUGAGAAGGUAAAUAGGAGAAGUUCAAAGAGAAAGACAGCUGAGGAAAAUUCUAAAUCAGGCACUCCAAGUUUGUUCACAUCUGAAUUUAAAGUUCCAAAACUAAAGAACCCUUCUUCAAAGUCCUCUAUAACUUGAUUCACAAUGGCCAAAUCUAUAUUUAAUUAUUUAUUCACAAUUCCAUGCUAAAGCAAGCAAGCAGGCAGGCAGGCAUUUCAGAAGGGUAUGGCUGGUCCUUCCAACCUAAGUUUUUAAGUUAAGAAGUCAAUUGGUGUUCUCUUGAUUUCACUGUGCUUCUGUUUAUUCACAACUCCAUGCUAAAGCAAGCAGGCAUGCAUGCAGGCAUCUCAGAAGGGCAUGGCCGGUCCUUCCCGCCUAAGUUUUUUAAGUUAAGAACUCAAUCUUGUGUUGUCUUGAUUUUACUGUGCUUCUGUUUAUCAUCUGUUUAUCAUGUAUACAUGCUUAAGCUCUAUCAAGCUGGAAUCCACCUGUAUGAUUGCUCGAAUCCAGUUCCUCCAUGUAUCUUAGGAGUCACAAUGUAUGCUAAUGUAAUUGUUUAAAGAUUAGUAGAUUUGUACAUUUUAUUGUUUUGUUUAAUUUAAAAAACAGUUCUCCAGUUUAAUUA